AUGUCUUUUCAAGAUGAUAUCAUCAAUGACAUAAACUCUUUGAAAACUGAGAUUGCCCAGCUGCAAGCCCAGUAUAAUAGUACCUCCAGAGAACUAGACGACCUUCGAAAAGGGGUGCCGCAACAAGUUCAACACGAGCACUUUGAAUCCCUGUUAGGUAACUUCAUCAAUGAACCCCCACAGUCCAAAUCGGCAAUCAAACUAAUGAGCAGGAAGAAGGCAUACAAACAAAUUCACCUGGAGAACCUGUAUAGAAUGGUAGGAGUAACCAUGUUUCCGGUCAGUAAUCGUGACGAGCUCUUAGGGAUACGAUUUGACAUAUUUGAUGGAGAGCAGAAAAAGUUCACAGUACCCCACUAUAUUAUCCUACAGAAACAUUCGAAAACCGAACAAUGGAAGAUACACAGAACCACCAUACCAAGAUAUGUUCCACUGCAAUCGAUCGCAAAACAAUGGCUAAACCAAGAUUUAAACAAGUUUGCAAAAUUGGUGAGGAAGCAUCUUGUCCACAUACAGAAUAAAAAAUCUAUUGUAGAAAGGGUGAAUGGUAAACUCCAGGGGAUAGCCACGCUAGAGUGGGAUCUAGACUUCACCAAGAUUCGUCUGCACGUUAAAGAGAAGUUCAGUCUUUUGCUCUUGUGCGACUUGACAAAUGUAGUCAGUGUGGUGGAAUAUCAGGUUAAGCCAGAAUGGGUCCAAGCAGUAGGUGAGCAAGAAUCAGAAGGGAUCAUCAGAAGAAUGAAGACUCUUUUGAAGACCAAAGUGGUUUAUUUGGAAGUGUUGGGUGAACUAUUUGAUCCCGAAAACCAGAAUAAAUCUUAUCGGUCGCUCCUUGAAUAA